AAGCCAUUAGUAUACGCGUGCUAUAAGUCGCCUGAUGGAUAUACGUUAACGUUAGUGCAACUGUGAUUGGUAAAUUUGGUGUGGUAUAUAAAAAAAGCAUAAUGUUGCGUCUACGGAAAACAAUAACACUAAUAAUGAUACUGCAGGCUACACAUUCAUCAUCGAUAGAGCAUCCGCAGAGCUACUCGCUGUUCAAACGUGGAGUUGUACUCGGUGAUAUGACAUACAGCUAUGCCUCAACCGAUAUGGGAUCAUCGAAUGGAGGUCGUGUGAAAACAGUAACUGUCAUCAAAAAUGUAUCCGUUCCCAAACCCACCAGUAUGGUAUUCAGCGAUCGCACUGAACAGUUUUUCGACAAGUUUGAUCAAAAUGGUCACAAAAAUCACGAGCACGUUCAGUACUGGCCCGCCGACGAAACAAAUAAAAUGAAGAAAGCUACCAUAGUUCCACCGUCGUUUACUAUACCUGAAACAGAAGACUUCUCCAUUGAGGAAUUCAAACAUCCGAUGGAGCUGAUAGACAUAGUAAAAAGUGCUGCGAAAACACAAAACAAGCUGUUGAAAAAACUUCCUUCGGAUGACACCGGUCCUGUAGUUUUUCCUGCAGAUACUCAAUCAAUGAAGAAGAAAAACAACGGAGUGGUAACUGUUGCCAAAGAUUAUACCAGCGUAUCGGCUUCCGAUCCUAAAGAACGCAGCAAACCUAAAACUGCAAGUAAACUCAGCACGAAAGUUGAAACGUCAGCACAAGAAAACCAACCGAAAAGUUAUGGCUCCACAGACACAAGUGACUUCUAUCAUGACGAUUUUGAACAAACUGAAUACGUUUAUUUUCCGGAAAAGAACACUUACACUCUAAAAUCAAUUUCCAAAGCCCCUACGGCAAUAAAGAAUAAAAUAAAAAAUACAGCUUAUGCCUACAAAGAUCCUUCUCCGCCCAGCAAAAUUGACUUUACUCUUUACAGUACCCCUAACGACACAACUGUACCAGAUCUGCUCUUCUCUGAGCUGGCCAAUGCCGUUGCCAGUCGGAACAUCUCUAUGAUCAAAUCUUUGGCUGGACAGUUGGAUGAGCCGUAUGUGUAUCCACAAUUCGACUUUGAAUCUCUGAAAACGGACGAGUACGGUCCACUGGCACUAGCCUUCAAAGAUAAGGGCAAGCUUGACUCACCUGCGUCAACCACUGUUCCGAAAUUCGACUUCGUAGAGGCGUCAACCGCGACCAGCCCGAUGACGACGACAACGUUGGCCACGACGACGACUCCAAAGAAACUUUUACCUAAGUACAUUGCACCCCGACUAAGGGGAUUCAAAAGGUUUUCAUCUAGAAAACAAUAGUUAUGCCAUCUCAACUUAGUGAAUAGUAAAUAAUUUAUUAGAUUUCAAAUUGAACUUUGUUACACAUUUAUAAGUUGUUGAUGAAAUACACAAUUUUGUUACGG